UCCAGAAGCAGCAGCACCAGACGGUCGUGUUCGUGCCAGUCCACGGUGGCAGUUUAUCUCUUAAAAACUGUAUACACAUAAUACAUUUUUUCCAAUCAAUUGUCGGAUAUAUUUAUAAAUAUCAGAUAAUCAUCCAAAAUGUCAACCUCGGCGAUAUACAUUUUGGAUGUAAAAGGGAAAGUGUUGAUAUCCCGUAACUAUCGCGGUGAUAUCGAGACGAGUGUAAUCGAAAAAUUUAUGCCCUUGGUAAUGGAACGUGAAGAGGAGGGCAAUUUGACACCACUGUUACAAACAGCCGAGUGUACAUUUGCGUACAUUAAAUACAACAAUUUAUACAUCGUAUCGUCCACUAAAAAGAAUGCAAAUAUAUCCCUAGUGUUUGUAUUUUUACACAAAGUCGUACAGGUCAUGCAGGAAUAUUUCAAAGAACUCGAGGAAGAGAGUAUACGGGACAACUUUGUUGUUAUUUACGAAUUACUCGAUGAAUUGCUCGACUUUGGUUACCCGCAGACUACCGACAGUAAAAUAUUGCAAGAAUACAUCACACAGGAAGGACACAAGCUCGAGAUCCAGCCUCGUAUCCCAAUGGCCGUUACGAACGCGGUGUCCUGGCGGUCAGAAGGUAUCAAGUAUCGGAAAAAUGAAGUAUUCCUUGAUGUCAUCGAGUCAGUGAACCUGCUAGCGAACGCUAACGGAAAUGUACUGAGUUCCGAAAUAGUCGGCGCGAUAAAAAUGAGAGUUUACUUAUCGGGAAUGCCCGAGUUGCGUCUCGGUUUAAAUGACAAAGUAUUAUUUGAGUCAACAGGCCGCGGGAAAUCAAAAAGUGUCGAAUUAGAAGACGUUAAAUUUCAUCAGUGCGUCAGAUUAUCGCGGUUUGAAAACGACCGGACGAUUUCAUUCAUUCCCCCGGAUGGGGAAUUCGAACUGAUGUCCUACCGUUUGAACACUCAUGUAAAACCACUGAUAUGGAUCGAGUCGGUUAUUGAAAGACAUGCUCACAGUCGGGUUGAAUAUAUGAUUAAAGCCCGGUCGCAAUUUAAACGCAGGUCCACUGCUAAUAAUGUCGAAAUAGUUAUCCCGGUACCCAAUGACGCUGAUUCACCUAAAUUUAAAACGACUAUUGGUAGCGUUAAAUAUUCACCUGAACAAAACGCUAUUACAUGGUCUAUUAAAUCAUUUCCGGGUGGUAAAGAAUAUUUAAUGAGAGCACAUUUCGGUCUACCCUCGGUUGUUGGCGAAGAUGUUGAGGGAAAACCACCGAUUCAAGUUAAAUUUGAAAUUCCGUAUUUUACAACAUCUGGUAUACAAGUCCGUUAUUUAAAAAUAAUUGAAAAAAGUGGAUACCAGGCACUACCCUGGGUAAGAUACAUUACGCAGAAUGGUGAUUAUCAAUUAAGAACAAAUUGAUUUCAUUAAUUAUUAAUCACUAUUUUUAUUUACGCGUAAUUAUUAAGACUAGAACUCGAAAAAAUAUUUUACUGUUUAAAUUUCAUGGUAAUAAAAAAAAAAUUAAUUAUCUGAUACCAAAAAAAAAGAUGAUCUUAAAGUUAGCCGACGUCUAAUAAUUUUUGGAUUUUAUUUUAGACAGUAAAUUAUAAAAAAAAAAAAUUGGAAAAAAUUGCACCUGUAGUUUUUUAAAUUUUCUACAUGUGCAUUUUUUGAUUUUUUGUUUUUUGAAAUUUAAAUGUUCAAAAUAAAAUCCAAAAAUUUUUAAUUGUCUGCUAACUUUAGGAUCGUAAAAAAAGAUACUGAAAUUAGCAGACGUCUAAUAAUUUUUGGAUUUUUUUAAAAAUGAUAAAUUACAAAAAAAAAAUAUUUUGAAAAAUUGCACCUGUAGUUUUUUUAAUUUUCAUGUGCAUUUUUUUUUUUUUUAAUUAAAAUUUUUAAUUGUCUGCGAACUUCAGGAUCAUAAAAAAAAAUUGAGUUUUUUUCAAUGAAUUGUCGAGCAAAAAAAAAUAAUUUAUUAUUUUAUUAUCAGUAAUUUUUUUUUAAAUAUUUUUGCAAGGGUUCUAUUGCAAUGUGACCAUAAUAGGCAGCCAGAUAAAAUUUUGUAUGAUAUUUUUAAAUAUUAGUACAUUAUUUAAAAAAAAAAAAAUUUAUUUUGUUGAAAUAUUUUUUAAAAUUGUAAUCAUGUUAAUUUUUUUUUCUUUCUAGUGUUAAUAGUAUUAAUUUUUAAGAAUGAAAAAAAAUUUUUUAUGAUUAUUAUUAUUAAAUUUUAAUGUAUUUAUCAAUAGUAUUUGCUGGUAAAUAAUUAACACUAACCGGUACUUAAUUAAAAACGAUGUGAUUUUUUGAAAAAACACAUGAGUGUUCUGUAAUUUUAUUUUGUAUCAUCACUGUCAAUAAUGCAUAUAUUUUUUUUUAAAUUUAAUUUCAUAUGUAAUUGUAUACUUUAUAAUGUAGAAUAUAUAAAUAUAUAUAUAUAAUAAAUUUUUAAAUGAAUAAUAA